GCGGCCGCAGUCGACCGGGCCCAGGCGGAGCGAGCGGCCGCGUCAUGGAGGGCUCCACCAAGUUCGAGGUGACCCAGACCACCACUCCCGACGGAGUCGAGGUGAUUCUGCCUCCCACGCCCGUUUCGCCCAAGUCGCCCUCCCCCGACAACGACCUGACCACCGACAGACUCAUUCCAGCGGCCGGACGUCAGUCGGACGAGCGCCCCAUCAUCGAGGACAAGGAGUUGUCGGCCUACGAGAAGAACCUCUACCUGUAUCAUGAAGAAAUGCCGGAGAGGCCCCGAGUGGCCUCGCUUCUGGGUUCUCUGGCCAACUACAACGUCGCCAUUCCCAGCGUCACGGAAGAAUCCAAACCGCCGCCGAAAAAAGCGAAUCUCGGUACAGUUGCUGGAGUUUAUCUUCCUUGCAUACAAAACAUCUUCGGAGUUAUAUUCUUUAUUCGAUUGGUAUGGAUCGUUGGUACGGCAGGUACACCGGUGGCAUUUGUCAUUGUUUUAUUAUGCUGUUGUGUGACUUUUACAACUUGUAUCUCUCUGAGUGCCAUAGCUACAAAUGGUAUCGUACCAGCGGGUGGAUCAUAUUUUAUGAUUUCUCGUUCUCUUGGUCCUGAAUUUGGCGGAGCAGUUGGAAUUUUAUUUUAUUUGGCAACUACAUUUGCUGGAGCUAUGUACAUUGUUGGAGCGGUAGAAAUUUUUUUGAUUUAUUUGGCUCCAUCAUUAUCAUUAUAUGGGGAUUUCAAAGAAGACCAAGAAAUUAUGUACCACAAUUUUCGUACAUAUGGGACAAUUCUUCUUGUUAUAAUUGGAAUUAUGGUUUUCAUUGGAGUUGCUUUUGUCAGUAAAUUAGCACCUGUUGCACUUUUUUGUGUAAUAGUGUCCAUAAUUUGUGUAUAUAUUGGUGUUUUUGUAAAUACUUACGGAAGGGAUAAUUUGAAAUUUUGUGUUUUAGGAGAUCGUAUUCUUUCCAGUAUAUACUUGGGUGUUGAAUAUGAAUGCACCAAAGAAAAGAAUAUCAGCAAUUCUUUAUUUUAUCUGUAUUGUUCUAAUGUGACAGCUACAAAUUCUACACAAAAUUUAGGUUAUACUUGUGAUCCAUAUUUUGAUGAUAAUGAAGUAAAAUACAUUGAUGCUUUACCCGGUCUUGCCAGUGGCGUUUUGAUGGAGAACAUUCAACCAAACUUUAGAAGUAAAGGUGAUAUCAUUUCUUUAUCUGAAGUUCAUGAAGAAUCAUCUCAUACAGAAAAAACAUAUAAUCAAGUUAUUGUAGAUAUUACAACUUCAUUUACAGUUCUUGUUGCCAUUUUCUUCCCUUCUUGUACAGGAAUAAUGGCUGGAUCCAAUAGAUCGGGUGAUUUGGCUGAUGCCCAGAAAUCUAUACCAGUUGGUACCCUUGCUGCUCAAUUAACAACAAGUUUUGUCUAUCUGUCUGGUGUCCUGUUUUUUGGUGCCUCUUUUGACAAUCUAUUCCUUAGAGAUAAGUUUGGGGAAAGUAUAGGUGGAGGUUUAGCUGUUGCAUAUUUAGCUUGGCCUCAUCCAUUAGUUAUUGUUUGUGGAUCUCUCUUGUCAACCAUUGGUGCUGGCAUACAAUCACUUACUGGAGCUCCACGUUUACUUCAUGCAAUUGCCCAGGAUCAGAUCAUACCUUUUCUCAAUCCAUUUGCUACUGUUUCUUCAAGAAAUGAACCGGCACGAGCAUUAUUUGUAACGUUGAGUAUUUGUGAAAUUGGAAUUUUAAUUGGCAAUUUAGAUUAUAUUGCACCUAUAUUAACAAUGUUUUUCCUGAUGUGCUACAUGUUUGUUAACCUUGCGUGUACUCUCCAGAGUUUAUUACGCUCUCCUAGUUGGCGACCAAGAUUUAAAUUCUAUCAUUGGUCACUUUCUCUGAUUGGGGCACUUUUAUGUUUGGUUGUUAUGUUUCUUAGCAGUUGGUAUUAUGCACUUUCAUCUAUGGGAAUUGCUGGAAUUAUUUAUAAGUACAUUGAAUAUAGAGGAGCUGAAAAGGAAUGGGGAGAUGGAAUAAGAGGUUUAGCAUUAUCGGCUGCACGUUACAGUUUACUCCGUCUAGAAGAAGGACCACCUCAUACUAAAAACUACAGGCCACAAGUUCUUCUUUUGUGCAAACUUAAUGAUGAACUAAUACCAAAAUAUCGCAAAGUGAUUUCAUUUGCAUCACAACUUAAAGCAGGUAAAGGACUUUGUCUCAUAAGGUCAGUAAUUGAAGGAGACUUUACUCAGAAAUACAGUGAAGCCCAAGCUGCAAAACAGACUCUGAAAAAUGUGAUGGUAGAAGAAAAAGUGAAAGGAUUUGCUGAUGUAUUAGUUGCAAAUAAUGUACCUGAAGGAUUAUGCCACAUAGUUCAAACUGCUGGUCUUGGUGGUUUGAAACAUAAUACAGUUAUUAUUGGUUGGCCAUAUGGAUGGAGACAAACAGCUGAUGAAAAAUCUUGGAAGGUUCUUUUAGAUACCAUAAGGGCAGUUAUUGCUAGUAAAAAUGCUCUCUUAGUGCCAAAAGGAAUUAAUCAGUUUCCCGAUAAUAACGAGAGGAUGUCUGGAACUAUUGAUGCAUGGUGGAUCGUUCACGAUGGUGGAUUACUCAUGCUAAUUCCAUUCUUACUUAAACAACAUAAGACUUGGAAAAAUUGUAAAUUACGCAUAUUUACUGUUGCUCAAUUGGAAGAUAAUAGUAUUCAAAUGAAAAAGGAUCUAACAACUUUCUUGUAUCAUCUGAGAAUUGAAGCUGACGUGGAAAUUGUAGAAAUGAUCGAUACAGAUAUUUCGGCGUACACGUACGAAAGAACUUUGAUGAUGGAGCAGAGAUCGCAGAUGUUGAAACAGAUUCGUCUUAAUCGAAGAGGAACACUUACCAUGACGAUCGCGGACUCAGCGGUGGGCGGUUCGGCCACCAAAGUGCGAUUCAACGAAGUGCCAGAAGAAGAGAAGGACUGCGAACUGAUCGAAGUGGCGGCCGAGGAAGGAGCGGAGAAGAAUCCCAGUCCCCGGAAGGAGGGAUCGGCCGCCUCUUCCAAGCAACCCUCGCCCGACAGACAGGCCUCCGUUGGUCCCGAAGCCAAUGGUUCCCCAGAGAAGGCAGAGAAGGUGGAUGGCGUCCUGAAGGACAAGCCUGAAACCAACCGAGCUUUCGACGAGUUACUCAAACUUCAACCAGACGAAGCCAACGUCCGUCGCAUGCACGCCGCCGUCAAACUGAACGAGGUGAUGGUCAGCAAGUCGCACGAGGCUCAGUUGGUGGUACUCAAUCUUCCCGGCUUACCCAAGGCGGCCAAGACCGAAGAAAAUUACAUGGAGUUCAUCGAGGUGUUGACCGAAGGCCUGGACCGAGUGCUGAUGGUGCGCGGCAGCGGACGAGAAGUGAUGACCAUCUACUCGUGAAUCCUCCCGUCCGACCCCACGCGGCGGACGGAGGCGACGGUCCCAGUUUUCCCCACUCCUCCCCCGGGAAGGCGGCGGUUCCCCUUCCGCCGCGCCGUCUGUCGGUCCGUUCCGCCAGCGCCGCCCGGCGGACGCUCCCCGUAGUGGUAUUUUCCGAGCCGGCCGCGGCCGUUUAGUGGUCUUCCGCGCCUCUUUUGCGCCGCGGCGGGCAAAGUAAGGUUUAGGACGGCCCAAAAAUCUCGAUGUGGUAGAUCUAGUUCCGCCGUCGACGACUCUUUUCUCUUCAGUCUUCGGUCUCUUCGUCGUGCUGGUGCCCGUGUCUCUUCUUUCCGCCCCGCCUGUUAACCUCCGGCCCACGGUCCACCCCGGCGCCACCUGGCGGCGGGGCGGCCCGGCCGGACGCCAAUCUCGGGAUGAACCUUUGGCCGUGGCAAUACAGUAUAAAUGUAUAUAACCCGAGGUUUAGCUCAGAGAAUUAUUAUUAUUAUUAUUAUUAUUGUAAAGGUUAUCGAUCGAGAGAUUUAUCGUCGUUGACAAAAACGUUGUUUCGUGGCCACGCGCGUUUAGCCGCAAUCGUCAGUUUUCCAACGUCCCGCCGAUAGGUGAAUAUAUAUAUAUAUACACAUAUAUACACUUAUAUAUAUAUACAUAUAUAUAUAUACACGAUGUUAAGCAGCAGAGUUUUUAUAGUAGCGGCCUUUGCGUCUGGGCGGAAGCCGUGGGAGAUGAAACCGGUUUUCGGAAACGACGCGCCGCCGACCAGUCUGGACGCCUGUGAUAAACACUCUCGGCUACUGCCAGAUCCGAAACCGGUUUCGGGCGGAAGAAUCCGCCGUCGGGGUUUUACACCUUUCCGCGGGUUUCUCCUUUACACCUUCGGCUUCCGGCCGGUCCCCGACUCCCGCCUUCUCCCGGCAGGGGAGGUGGCGGGACCCCCGGGCGCCGACCGACCGGAAAAGGGUCCGGCGGCCGGGCUCUUUCCGCCCGUACGACCGUCGGAGGUUUGGUUCCCGCAGAUUUUUCCAUCACCUUUCUCGUGCGGUGUCCUUAGAAUCGUUCAUCCGCAGUUACUGUUAAAAUUUAAAGAUUUCGUUGUUAGUGUCGAAUAAAAGUUUUAAUGUUUUUGACAAACUCUCCUUUUCUUUCUCUUUCCGCUGGACUUUGCAGUUACGGAAAAGACGGUAAAAGAUUGGACUUUUCGGAACGGUCGAUAGAAGGAACGAGGAAUUAAUACUAAUUUUUUGAUAAUUAAACGGUUCGUUUCGGUCGCGCCU